AUGGUAACUGAAGCAAAAAGAUCUGCAGGGAUUGAUGUCAAUAAACCAUUAGCUUCUCUGGUAAGUAAGUAUGGUUAACUGAAGGACAACAAUUUUUUUUCUAAAAAAAGUGUUUGAGAUGAGCAGGUGCAUUUAGUGAUUUUCCCAACAAUUGUUUCCAACCAGUUGUGGAUAGUUUUAAACUUGCUUUUAACCCUUCAGCUCUCAAAAUCUAAUUGUGAAUUCACCCCUCUAGCUGCUACACAUUUCCUUGUAAAAAAAAUAAAAGAAUUUGGUGUAAGAUCAGGAUACAAAUUUCUAUCUGAUGCAUUUAAGCACUCUUAUUACCUAUUUGCUGGAUAAUGUUUGAAAAUUAUAGGGAGAAGUUUCAAGUGAAUCAUUUCUGAGAGUUGAAGAGUUAAAGUACUACUACUCUGUUCAAAUCAAGCUGACUUCAUCAAAUUUUAGCAUAUUUUCUCUCAUUAUUUAAAUUCCACUUUUUGCAAGAUAUUUUCCAAUAUUUGUUGCAUUUAGAUUUCAUUUUUGGAUGAUUGGUGAAGAAUCAAUUUUUCUUUCCUUAAUGUUUUUUUUCACAUGGGUUUGUGAAUGACCGGCAUUUCUUGAAACUAUUGCAUUCAACACUUGGUUUCUUUAAAUAAACAUCCUUUUUCUUUUCAGGGACUAUCUUUAAGUGGAAUGGAAAAAGACGAAAUACAGAAGAAAGCUAUAUCUACAAUGUUUUCAAAAUACCCAGGCUGUAGUGAAAAGUAUCACAUGUGUUGCGACACUGUUGGUGCUAUUGCAACUGCAUCUGAUAAAGGUACCCUUUUUUUAAAAUUCAUAUUAUGCUUAUAAAUGCAUCAAUUGAACAGAUUUGAUAGAUUAGACAGAGAACUGGAAACAGCAGGUAGUGUUUUCUUUGGUGAUGGACAAACAUAAUGAAUUCAAUUCUUAGUUGAUUAGGGUUGAAAUAAUAUUCCAUAGAUUUUUAAAGACACAAGUUGGAAGGUUACUUUUCAAGUUGAGUGAGCCCCUUAGCCUAAUGGUUUACACUAGCAGAGCUCAACAUUUUUCCCCUGAGUGAUUAGCAUCCAAUUUCUCAUAAGAAUAUCAUCCUUGAGUCAAAUGUUUAGGUAACAAGAAUAAAGUAAAAUUAAUAAUCAAAAACUAAAGAAGCUCUUGAUUGUUAAGCAAAUUCUCCUUGUCAGCACCUUAGGAAAUGUAUAGAGAACAGUAUAGAGAAUAUGGAUACUGAUGUUAGGGUGUAAAGGGCUGAUUGGACACUAUAAUGUACCAUGAAGUCACCAGAGGUUUUGUUCUUCCACCUGAUUAACCCUCAGCUUUCUGUCAGUUUUCCUUAACAGUUCUAAGUUACCCAUUCACUGAUUCCAUCCCUACUCCUCAGUAAAAUAAUAUUUUCAUGCAUUUGAGUGACUUUGAAAACAUUUUUUUGCAGGCGGCAUUGUCUUGAUAUCAGGGACUGGCUCUAACUGUCAAAUGUUGACACCAAAUGGUCAAACAUUUAACUGUGGUGGGUGGGGUCAUAUGAUUGGUGAUGAGGGAUCAGGUAAAUUUUAAAGGAAUCAACUAACCUAUGAUUACUAUUACCUUGUUAUGUGCCAAUCAAUUUGAAGCUUCAACACUCAACAAAGGAGUUUAUUUGUUUGUUUGUUUUUUUGUAGCAUUUUGUAUAUCACACAUGGCCAUCAAAACAGUGUUUAAUGCUGAAGAUGGGCUGGUGCCCCCGCAGCAUGACAUCACUUACGUAAAGAAACUGGUUUUUGAACAUUUCAAGGUAUGAAAAAAUACACAGGUUCUUUAACAGACCUAUAUCAUUGUUUAAACCUCUACAGUAUGAAGUUCUCUAUACUGCUCUCUAUACAUUUCCUAAGGUGCUGACGAGGAGAAUUUGUUUAACAAUCAAGACAUUUUUUAGUUGGUGAUAAUUUUCAUUAUUCUCAUCACCAUGACCUUAAUGUUUAAUUUACAGUAAUAUUGUAAAGAGGAAUGAGAUGUGAGUCACUCCAAGGGGUCAAAAGGGUGAAGGGGGUAAGGCAGUGCUGUGUUGGUGGGGGAGGGGAGGGGAGGGGGGGUAUAACAAGCUAAUUUGAUUUUGUCAUCUGAGUUGGUAAUGUACAUGUGAAUUGACCACUGUAAAGAGUUUCUAAAGCUCAUGUUUCGAGCGUUAGCCCCUUGUCAGAGACCUUAUUUGCCCAGGGAAAAAAGGAAGGGGCCUUAAAAAGAAUUGGAGUAUUAUAAAGAGCCUUGUUUUUAAAAUCAACAAAUUUUGGAGUUUUUGGGAACAAACCUUUUCACCCGAGAGAGAGUCGUACAGACAGAUACCCAGGGGAGUUAAGAAUCGCGAAGGAAAGGUUCCAAUUAGGAUUGAUUUCAGCUUCUGAAAUAGAUCAAGAAUAAAGGUUUUUUUGAGAGGGAAAAAUUCAUUGGAACCUGAGGUAUGGAUUUUCAUUGUAACUGAUCAAUGGUACUGCUGCAUUUCUAUUACACUAGAUAGACAAUUUGUUUGGAAUGUUGGAUCACUUCUAUGCAAAGUUUGACAAGGCGUACUAUUCUGGGCUGUGUAAAGCUGUAGCAGUUGGUGAGGAUAAUUAUAUCAUGGGGAAGAUGUGGUUCUAAGAGUUUGUGAAAAUUAUUUCGAGGAAACUUUCAAUUCAUUCCGGCACGGGGAUUAAACCCUGGCUCACUUUAUUGGUUUUGUAUUCGUUUACGUGAUACCGUCAGGAAAAUUGGUUUGGCAUAUCUUUUAAAUAGCCUGGACAACUAACAAAAUAAAGGCUUUUUCAAGGUAGUUAGAGUGAUGGUUUGUAUAUUAAGCUCAUGUAUAAUUAGCUUGUUUUUGAUGGAGUUUAAGGCUUUAAAAACUGAUUACUCGUGGAAUAUUUUCGCUAUGAAGUUGCAGUCUAUUAGAGUUCCGUUUGUGAAUAAAAUUCCAUAACACUGAAGACUUGCUAGGGUGGUUUCAGAUGAUAUGAGCUUGCCAAAUCUUUUUAUUACAGUAAACUGAUUGUUAAUUUUUAACUUACGGAGGACACAUGCUGUUCUGUAAGCCCUUUAUCAGUGGUAAUGCCGAAGAGAUCUAUUGAUUCUUCACCAGUCACGCGGCCCUUUUGACGCGCUUGUAGAUCUCCAACCAAUUUUUACGGUAGUCUCUCAGAUAUCGUGACCACAAUGAAACAUUUUGUACUUUUCUAACAAUUUCUCUUAUCCCACAUGUUCUUUUCUUUGGAUGUGCGAUACAGGUGCAUUAGAAGAUAAAGACCCUCUGUGUCAGCAUCUGUUCUUCCUAGCUGGCGAACUUUUAGGUAGACAUGUGAAAGCUGUUAUUCAGCACAUGGAUCAGGUAACUUUUUUUUUCGUUGAACAUUCUUGGUACCUGCCUGGUUAAUUUGGUAGUACACCACCUAAAAUCGAGAGGAUAGAAAAUCAGAUCUUGUUUAAGCCUUUUCUUGUGUCAGUGAUCAACCGGGUGACUGUGCUGAAAAAGUAUGUUAGCAAUGGAAGUGAAGGACGUUUCUAAGCAUUUUUUGAAUCUCAUAACGGACGUAACAGUCGGCCGGUUCCUCGGCCGGUUCAAACAUCUUCGCAUGUUUGAAAGUCGUAAUGGUUAGGUCUUGCUAGGUGGCAUGCUUUCAGGCUGUCAGAACCAAGUUGUCUCUCAGGGUUAAAACAACCACACUAAGCAAUGACUCAUGAUGUUUUAAAAACGAUAACUUUAUUGAAAAAUCUCAAAAUAAAAUUUAAAAUCAAUAGGAUACCCUUAAUUUAAUAAGCUUUGCGUUCGAACAAUCCUGUUUUCCUUUUCCAUGCUUUUGUUUCCUUUUACCGAUUUCUGCGAAAAUUUUGGUGUUAUCUACUUAUUGUGCGUCAUAAAGAUUGUUUCGUAUCUCUUUGUAAGUAAUUUUGAGCGGGAAAUUGACGCACGGCCGGCAAACACUUAUCUGCUUGCGCAUGCUCAACAUUUCACCGCUGAGCUGAUUGACGUUUCUUUUUAUAUCACUGUGGCAUCAAUUUUGGUCGCUAUGCUCCUCCUCAACGAGCCAAAAGAGGUUUAUGAUAUACUGAGAGUUCACAUAAAGAUUAGCGAAUGUUUCAUUUCAUUCAUAGGAAUGUCAAGAAACUCUUUUAAGAAGUAGCAAGGGGCUUCAAAUCAUUUGUGUUGGUGCUGUCUGGCAAAGCUGGAAUCUUCUUAAAGAUGGUGAGAAUAAAAGUCCAUAAGUAUAUUUUAACCCUCUGUCUCCUUAGAGUCAUCAGAACUUUAUCUCUCUCAAACAUUUUGGUACAUUGUCAAAGAGAAACUGAACUAGAAUUCAGAAGAAUUUUCAAAUAGGAUAUUUUUUCGGAUUCAACACCAGAUUCUGAGAACCAGCAAACCGUACUUAAGAAUGCACUGUUGUGGAUUAAAUUUCGAGGAGUUUUUAGAGAGAGGUUAUUGAAUAGAUAUGUGAAGUUUGAGUAGCCUUUUGAUUAGCCAUAUUGGGAGUUUAUGAUCUUCAAAUUUAUGGAAAUUUUACGGAAAUUUAUGCAAUCUCUAUCCUUUUGUCUUCUCUCUGUAGGCUUUUUAACUGGCAUCAGUUGCUCUCCAAGCAACACCGCUGUCCAAGUCAAACGCUUCUCACUGGUAAAGCUCCGCGAGAGUUCUGCUAUUGGUGCGGCUGCGCUAGGCGCGAAAACCGCCGGCUAUACUCUUCCCAUAGAUUAUGACUCCAUGGUAGAAGAAUUCUUUAGCCACGAAUUUUAA